CCAAUCAAGGGCAGGGUGAGGCUCAAAACCAGCGGGCUCCCUGGGGAGCCCCACCGAGGCUGGGGGCGAUGGCGGAGCUGCAGCAGCUACAAGAGUUUGAGAUCCCCACGGGCCGGGAGGCUCUGAGAGGCAACCACAGCGCCUUGCUGCGGGUGGCUGACUACUGCGAGGACAACUAUGUGCAGGCCACAGACAAGCGGAAAGCACUAGAGGAGACCAUGGCCUUCACCACCCAGGCACUGGCCAGUGUGGCCUACCAGGUGGGCAACCUGGCUGGGCACACUCUGCGUAUGCUGGACCUGCAGGGAGUUGCCCUGCGGCAGGUGGAAGCCCGCGUGAGCACCCUGGGCCAGAUGGUGAACAUGCAUAUGGAGAAGGUGGCCCGAAGGGAGAUCGGCACCUUAGCCACUGUCCAGAGGCUGUCCCCUGGCCAGAAAGUCAUCGCUCCUGAGAGCCUACCCCCCCUCACGCCCUACUGCAGGAGACCUCUCAACUUUGGCUGCCUGGAUGACAUUGGCCAUGGAAUCAAGGACCUGAGCACGCAGCUGUCACGGACUGGGACCCUGUCUCGAAAGAGCAUCAAGGCUCCUGCAACACCUGCCUCCACCACGCUGGGGAGACCACCCCGGAUCCCGGAGCCCGUGCAGCUCCCAGUGGUGCCUGACGGCAAACUCUCGGCCGCCUCCUCCGCCUCUUCCCUGACAUCCGCCGGCAGCGCCGAAGGUGUCGGUGGGGUCCCUCAGUCCAAGGGACAGGCUCCCCCAACUCCACCUCCUCCACCCGCCGCCGAGAUGUUUCUGCCGCCCCCUCCACUCGAGGAGCUGACCCCGCCCCCACCAGGUAAGGAGCCCCGCCCUUCCCGGUGUCGCUGUCCCGAGGUCUCUCUGCCCCUGACCCUGGACCUGCCCCCUCCUCCGCCCCUGGAGGUAGAAGACCUGGGGCUGCCACCUCCACCCCCGCCAGGCUUUGGACCGGAUGAACCCAGCUGGGUCCCUGAGGCAUACUUGGAAAAAGUGGUGACACUGUACCCAUACACCCGCCAGAAGGACAACGAGCUCUCCUUCUCUGAGGGCACGGUCAUCUGCGUCACCCGCCGCUACUCCGAUGGCUGGUGCGAGGGCGUCUGCUCAGAGGGGACUGGAUUCUUCCCAGGCAAUUAUGUGGAGCCCAGCAGCUGACAGCUCAGGGAUCUCCCUGUACCCACCCAAGCUCUGCAGGGAGCAGGUGUCUUGAGCCCCAGAACAAAGCCUGCUCCAGUCAAGGCUGGACUAGGCCUGGCCACCUUAGUCUGUGAGCUGUGUUGUUUCUUUCCCCUUAUUGUCGCGGGGAAGAGGUCCUAGGGACAGAGAGAAGAUACCCAGAGACUUACUGCAAGUGAAAAAGAACUCGAAGUCAAAGAAUUUGGUGAUGUUGUCCACAGAGGACUCCCUAAUCCAUGCAGAGUGGGGUCUCCAGCUGCAAGUACCAACUUUGAAUAAAACUGAUUACCUGAUGACUGCCCUGCAGGGCUAGAGGACCAGAGGGGAGGGAUUGAAAGGCACUCAUUCUGCUGUAGCCCUGCAGAAUGUCCCAGUAGCAGUGCCUUUCCACCUCCUCAGUCCUCAUUAGUGUUCCUUCCACCAGACCACCAAGUCUUCGGCAGUGAGUGUCUGGGUCUUUAGACCCUUGAGCGUACCUCCCUCCGUGUGUGUGUGUGUGUGUGUGUGUGUGUGUGUGCGCGGGCGCUCAGCCUUGAUUCCUCAGUUUGAAUAGGGGGGACAACCUCCCUCACUUAAGAGAGGCUGAGAGCAAACAACAUCUCAUUUUCAACCCUCAGACGGCGACGCAGUAGAGAUCUUAGUCACUUUGUCCCCCUUCACCUCCUUUAUAGUUCUCAAACACCAGAGGGAGAAGGGGCUUGGGUUUCCCUGGCUCUGCUUAAAAACAUCAUGGCUUCCUGUUCCAUAUGGAAGGAGGGGGACGUGGAGGAUGACUUUGGUGAAGUCCCUGGGCUCUUGAUGCAUAGACGAGGCUGGGGUGCAAGGAGACACCUUCGCACGCAGUGAAGUCCCUGGCUGGCGUUAACCUGAGGUGGACGGUGUGCUACCUCACUCCACCACUAGGAGGCGACUAUCCUGCUGGCUUUUUUUUUUUUUCCUUUUUUCUUUUUUACCGUGUAGAGGUGCUGACGGGGUAGGAGGGGGGCGGCAAGGUGUUGCAAGCACAGAAAUAGUGAUAUUUCCGGGGCUGAAGCAAGAUCCAGGAGGCCUGGAGCUGUCAGCAGAGAGGAUCAUCUGUCUUCACGGAGAGUCCGGUGCCCUGAGGAGUUUGGAAUCCUGGGUCCCCCCUUGAGGAAAGACUGGGGGAAGGGGAGGUUACGCAGCCCGAGGCAGCAGUUAAAGAAGAAGGAGGUGUUCCUUUUCUUAUCUGUCAAGAAGCCCCCACCUCCCAGUUCAGAGCACAGGGUUUUGGAAAYACUGCUGUCUUUCAAAAGGUAUGCACGCCACUCCCCCAAGGACCAGACUCCAGAAUUAAACGGUUUGCUGCAAGGGACAGCAGCCGAUCUGGGUUAACUGCAUAGUUAGGGACCGUUCCGAACUCCUCUACAGGCCCCCAAAUGAACGAAAUUCCAGAAAUUUCCGGAGGGACAUAGCAAAGCGAAAGGGGAAA